UGGGAUUCCAUUUAAACACAAAUGCAUUACUGAAUUUUGCUUAUUAAAAGCUGAUUGUUUCAAUUUUAAUAAAGCUCUUUUCUGUGUUUCCUUUCUCUAAGCUAAGUCUUAUUAUCUGGGGUGAUAAAUAAUGUAGAAGGGAAGAUCCUUAUAGACUUUGGUUAUCAGAUGUAUUGGACAUGCCAUGUCAUCUUUCAUUAGCAUAGUCAGGGUCUACUUAAAAAUGCAUUAAUUCGGCUAGUAAUCAUUCAAGUUGUAGUGCAGAUACUCUCAGUUUCUAAAGUUCAACAACUAUGUCUCAGAUAAUGCAUUUUAUUCUAGAAAAGGCAUGCAACUCUGGCAUCAUGGUUCCUGUCAAUAGCACCAACUCCAAAUUCUCCACGUUCCUGCUGACAGGCAUCCCUGGACUGGAGGCUCUUCACAUCUGGAUCUCCAUACCCUUCUGUGCCAUGUUCUUCAUUACCUUGGUGGGCAACAUGACCAUCAUGACAGUUAUCUGGAGGGAGCAGACCCUCCAUGUGUCUAUGUACCUCUCCCUAGCCAUGCUGGCUGCCUCGGAUCUAGGUCUGUCCGUCUUCACCUUCCCCACAAUGUUGAGGAUCUUCUGGUUGGAUUCUCGAGAGAUGACUUUCUCUUCUUGUUUCACCCAAAUGUUCUUUAUUCAUACCUUCCAAAAAUUUGAGUCUGCUGUUAUUUUGGUGAUGGCCUUUGACCGCUAUGUGGCCAUUUCUCAUCCGUUGCACUAUUCCUCCAUCCUCACUAAUAGAGUGAUUGCUAGGAUAGGUUUGGCCGUUUUUGUGCGAACUUUGGCUGUAGAGGUGCCUCUUCCCAUCCUCUUGAGGAGGCUAUGCUUCUGCCACUCCAAUGUACUUUCCCAUUCCUACGGCCUGCAUCCUGACAUCAUAAAGCUUUCUUGUUCCAGCUCUAGGAUCAAUAGCAGCUUGGGAUUGUUUGUGGUGCUCUCCACCAUGGGACUUGACUUUUUACUUAUUCUCCUUUCUUAUGUGCUGAUUCUGAAAACUGUACUGAGCAUCGCUUCACAUGGUGGCCGCCUGAAGGCCCUCAACACUUGCAUUUCCCACCUCUCUGCUGUGGUCCUCUUCUUUACUCCCAUAAUCUGCUUGUCUAUGUUGCACCGCUUUGGCCCACGGCUUCCCUCAUACAUCUAUGUGCUUAUGGCCAACAUGCAUUUCCUCAUUCCUCCUGUGAUGAAUCCCAUUGUCUAUGUGGUGAAAACCAAGCAGAUGUGGGAGAAAAUACUUAGGUUUUUCAUCAAAAGAAGACCUGGAGAAUCAAAGUAACAUUUUAAAAAAUAUUUGGUAUAUGAAUAGUGUGGUUCGCAUUCAAUUGGCAGGUACCUUUUGAUUCUAAGAAGACAGGGGCAUCUCGAUCUAUUUUAUUUUUUCAACCACACAAUUUUCUUUUUCAGCUACAGCUCUCCUGCAGCCUAAUUAUGGAAGAUGCUUUUGUGAGAAUCAUUAGUCACAGUCUGAAAACCAUUUAGAAAUAUGUUAUGGUGUUGGCCUUAGUGUUCUAAAAAAGAAAUUUGGCAUUCCAGUUUGUUUUAUUUAGUGUUUAUUAUUCACUUCUACUCUUUAUUAAAUUACAUAUAUAUAAAUAUACACACACACAUUAUAUAUAUAUAUAAAAUAUUAUUUAUUUAUGUAUUUUAUUCUAUGUCCCGAAGUCUCUCUGUAAGGCUGAAGUUUCAUAUCAGCCAACAUAGAUUAAACCAGUUAAGGAGAGUAUGUGUUUUGAGAAUUCAUAAUCAGCUGGAAUAAAAUAUUGAUAAUGUGCUUAAUUCUAGUGAGACAACUGUUAAGACAUUAGUAAACUUUUUCUUUUUUUUUUUUUAAUGAUGUUGAGGCAAAGCCCAGGUCUUCAAGUAGAAAAAAUAAUAAUGAUAAUAAUAAAAACAAUUAAAAAUUUCUAAAACAACCCAUGAAGCCAAUUAUUCAUUUCGGUUUUAGCUAAUCCGUAGAUGAGGUAACUGUCAUCUUGAACUUUUCAUCACAAGACACUCUCAAAAUUUUUCAAUUACCAUGUAAACUGCACCCAUUUAUAACUAUAUAAACUAACGGAAAUUUGCCUGUUUCAUGUCUACAUCAGACAUCCUUGCAGGAUUGAUUAGUGCUCUUUUCUAACUCAGAUGGCACCCAUGAAAAAUUUAGAAUGCUGGUCUGUUUGGCUAAGUUUAUUAAAAUGAACUCCUCUAGUGUUUGAAAUCUCUUUCAUAACAGUGUCUCUUAAUUUUUUUCUCUCAUUUUUUAUAUAUUCACCUGUCAUCCUUGAUAACAUCUGGGGACAUAUCAACUCUAUGUUAACGCUUUCUUGUAUUCAUCAUUUGCUGGUAGUUAUCAUACCCAUCCUGUUUCAUUACUCAUUUAAUACUAGACAACCCUGUGAUGGCUACUGCUUAGGUUCUUUCUUCUUUGGAAAUUUCCUGGUCAAGUCCAAUUCCAUUCCUUCAAUCAUGUCAACAUUUAUUAUUCAUUCUCUGUGGCUUCUUUGAGGAUCCCUGAUGGCACAGUCGUUAAGAGCUCGGCUGCUAACCACAAGGUCAGGAGUUCAAACCCCUCAGCUGCUCUGUGGGAGAAAG